AUGUCUGACGUCGACGCACUUGCUGACUCCGUGGCUGCGACCAUUUUGACUGAUAAGCCCAGUACCAACGGUGCUACCCCUUCCACCAAGGCUGCCGAUGCCGCGGCUGCCAGUGCGGAUGAGGGUCGUCGUCUGUACAUCGGUAAUCUCGCAUACGCGACUACUGAGGAGGAGCUCAAGGAGUUCUUUAAGACCUACACCAUCGAGACCACCUCGAUCCCGGUGAACCCCCGCACCAACCGCCCAGUUGGUUACGCAUUUGUGGACAUCGCUACUGCCGCUGAAGCUUCUGCCGCUAUUGAGGCCCUCUCCGGUAAGGAGAUUCUCCAGCGCAAGGUGUCUGUGCAGCUUGCCCGCAAGCCCGAGCCUGCUGAGGCCAAGGAAGGUGCUGCCAGUGGUGGCGAAGGCGCCGAGGGCCGCAAGCGUGCUGGUGGUCGCGGCCGUGGCCGUGGCCGUGCCCGCGGUCGUGGUGGACGCACCGGCCGUAGCCGUGCUGUAUGUGCCCAAUCUCUUUCCUUGCUUGAAUCCGCGCACAUCGAUACUCUGAACUGGAUGCUGACUUUGGCCAAGGCCCAGGAUGGCCAGGAAGCCACUACCGAGGCUGUCGUCGCCGAGACCCCCCUUGCUGACACUACAAAUGAGAAGGAUACUGCCUCGAAGACCAGCGAGUCCCGCGCCGCACGCCCCCAGAAGCAGCGCGGUCCUCCUGAGGAUGGCAUUCCUUCUAAGACCAAGGUCAUGGUUGCCAACCUGCCGUACGACUUGACCGAGGAUAAGCUCAAGGAGAUUUUCGCUGCCUACGAGCCCGUCUCUGCCAAGGUUGCCCUGCGUCCUAUCCCUCGUUUCAUGAUCAAGAAGUUGCAGGCUCGCAAUGAGCGCCGCAAGACCCGUGGCUUUGGCUUCGUGAAUCUUGCCUCAGAGGAGCUCCAAGCCAAGGCCGUCAGCGAGAUGAACGGCAAGGAUAUUGAUGGCCGCGUCAUCGCCGUUAAGGUUGCCAUCGACAGCCCCGGCAAGGAAGACGAUGAUAUUAACGCUGCAGCUGAGACCGAGGCUGCUACUGCUGCUCCUGCUUCCGUUUCAGCUCCAGCUCCAGCUCCUGCUUCAGCUCCUGCCCCCGCUUCGGCUCCCGUAUCUGCUCCUGUUCAGGAGAAGGAGAAGGAGAACGCUGCUCCCGCCGUCACCACAAAGGCUUAA